AUGGCAGAGAACGACUUGAUUCCUCUGGCGCUGCUUGAACAUAAUCUGGGAAUCCCCACUCUAUACUUCCAGAUGACACAACCACUUCCCUCCCCCGAGGCUUCUCCCCCCAACAUCGAGCCCAACAACGACCAGAAGACGUCCCCGCCGCCCCAGCAGCAACAGCCUGCAGACCAGCAACAACAGCCCGCUCCCUUAAACGCCGAGCCCCAGCCUCAGCCUCAGCCCCAGCCUGAGCAGCAGCAGCAGCAACCCCAAGCCCAGCCAGCACCAGCCCACGCUGAGCAGCAGAAGCCUGCCCAGCCCGUCUCAGAGCCCCCAGUCGUCCACAAAUGUCUCUGGCAGGACUGCACCCAGUCUUUCGUCGAUCCUGAGGGUCUCUACAACCAUCUUUGCAACGACCAUAUCGGUCGUAAGAGCACCAAUAAUCUGUGCCUCACCUGCAAGUGGAAGGACUGUGGCACCACCUGCGCUAAGCGAGAUCAUAUCACAAGCCAUCUCAGAGUUCACACACCACUUAAGCCACAUUCUUGCGAAAUCUGCAAAAAGGCGUUCAAGCGUCCUCAGGACCUCAAAAAGCAUGAGAAGAUUCACACUGAGGAGCACCACCAGCAACACAAGCAUUCAAAGGCGAUCACCGUCGUCGAUCCCGCCUAUGUGCAGCGUGUUCGUGGCUCAUCUGCUUCAGCCGACAAGAACAAAGCGUCGGGUAGUGGAAUGAAGUACCCCGGUGUGCGAAAGCCAGACGGUUUCGGCGGCCUCCUCCCUACGCCAUCUCCAGAGCUCAUCCACCAAUCCAUUCACGGUCAUCACCCCUCGCACGAAAUGUUCAUGGCCGGAGGCCAGCCAAUCCCUUCCUGGGAGGUCUUGCGACCCGAAGCUGGCCCUCAAGUCGGAUCCAAGCGCUCCCACGAUUAUACUGCAGGAGGCCCCUCUGUCGAUGAUUUCAUCAACGACAUGAAGAAGAGAAAGCUUGACCCUUCUUAUGAUACACGCAUGGCGGAGCGGCUUGAAACCCUCGCUUUCCCCCAGCAGCACCACGGUAGCUCUGCUCCGUACACUUCCAGUGGAACCUUCAAUCCACGAUCCGUCUCUUUAGAUAUCCGCACUCCUGAGGAACUCGCGGCAGUCAACGAAUUUUUGAUUACACUCGGUCGCGAUGUCUCUGGUAGCAUCCGACACCAUCCUGCUCCCCAUUCUCAUUCCAACUCUUCUCACAACAACGGCCUUCCUCACCAAAAUUAUUUCGAUAACGUCAAUCUCAGCCAGCUCGGUCUCGCAGGCAUGCCAGGUAUAAAUGGUGGUUCCUACCAAGAUGGCCACUACCCGCCCGGCCCCAACUCGUUCCCGGGAGCUGCUUACCCCCCUUCGCGUUCAAGUCAUUCCUCGAUUCCUGGCCAGUAUGCCGGCAUGUAUAACGUCGGGGAGCAAGGCAACAAUUAUUCUCCUCCCGGCGAGUAUCGUCACCGUCCUCACCCAAACGGCAAGUAUAGUAAUGGCGGUGUUCCCAACCCGGGUUUCAACCAUACCUAUCACCACCCGACACCUCCGCUUGAGAGCAGCUCCCCCCAUUCCACUGUUUCGACUCCUGUCACGACCACCCCUCCUCAGGUUCCCCUCACUGUGUCGGGCGAGUUCGACUAUAACAUGCGAUCCCGCGGCGGCGCCCCUCCUGUAGCUCACCUUGCAGCGCCUGAGUACGGCUCCAAGUCCAUGCGCCCGAUCAUCCCACUCAAGUCCGUCCCUGGUUCAACCGCUGAUCAUUCCAACCAACACAGUGCAACCAUGGAACCCCGAUUGCCACCACCCUCGCAUCGUGGUCUCCCCGCCGACCUCUCCCAGAUCUCGAAACCAGGAUCCUUGUAUCCCUUGCUCGCGCCCGGAGAUGCUGAGCUGCGUCUUCCACCGUUGAGUCAGAUCUACAACCGUCCCGCCUCUCCCCCACCAGGAAGUGGUGGCUCGCGCGAGUCGACACCCAGCUCGACUCGAUCGGACUCUCCUCACGUUCGUAGCGGAAGUGGCCAACUCCCCAGCCUCCGCUCUCUUGCCUCUCCCACUCUUUCCAGCAACUCGAAUAGCAACCGACGAGAGAGCGAGGAGUUGUCAAGAGAAAUUGGCAGGAUCGAACUGGAACACCGUAACAAAGCUGAAAUCCCCCAGGAAGAACGAGCCCGCCACGCCGAUCUGAUUCUCAACCUCCUUGUGACAAUUAACAAUGAUUUCAGGAAGCGACACCCAGAGUUGGCUCCUCCUCCUCGUGGUGUCGAUUUGCUCGCGAAUGAAGCUCCCCGAGAUGUUCAUAUGGCCACAGCAUAG